CAUUCUUCAGUUUCACCCGCCGCCACAGGCUUGGAAGUUUCCAUCCAAGUCAAACAGCUGCCGGGCUUCCACAGGCCAACGACGUCUAGUUUCCGGGGGCAGGCGUCUGGGCUCCUCGUCCCUCUCCCUCCGCGCGGGAGUCUUUCUGGCCCCAGCAGAAAUCGGGUAAGACCGGCCCCAUCUUGGUGCCCGAGUGGCCUGGGCCGAAGCUGGCAGCGGAGACGGCGUCCAGGUGCAGCCAGGCGUCCCGGUCACGGGCAUUGACCCCCCGGAGCCGCUCCGCCUGAUUAGUGAGUUCCCCUGCUGGGCCCGGGGGAGGGACUGGGACCGGUCGACACUCGGUCAUCCCGGCCGGAGGAGCGGCCAGGCUGAGUCCGGCCGAAGACCCACCAACACCCCGGAGGGAGAGGGCUCAGGUCUGCCCGUCUGUCCGUCCGAAUGUCCUCCCGGGCCACAGCCGGCGGUGCCCUGCAGGUGUGCGGCCUGGCGCUCGGGGCCGUGGGCACGUUGGGCGCCGUGGCCGUAACGCUCAUGCCCCAGUGGCGGGUGUCGGCCUUCGUCGGCAGCAACAUCGUGGUCUUCGAGACCCUGUGGGAGGGGCUGUGGAUGAGCUGCAUGCGGCACACCAACAUCCGGAUGCAGUGCAAGGUGUACGACUCGCUGCUGGCCCUGCCCCCUGACCUGCAGGCCGCCCGCGGGCUCAUGUGCGCCGCCUGCGCCCUGGCGCUGCUGGCCCUGGGGGUGGGCACGCUGGGCAUGCGGUGCAUCCACUGCCUGGAGGCCACUCAGCCCGCCAAGGCCUAUCUGCUGCUGGUGGCCGGCCUGGCCUUCGUCGCCGCCGGGCUGGCCGUACUGAUCCCGGUGUGCUGGGUGGCCCACGCCGUCAUCCGGGACUUCUACGACCCCAUCUUGCCGGAGGGGACCAAGAGGGAGCUGGGGGACGCGCUCUACCUGGGCUGGGCGGUGGCCCUGAUCCUCCUGGCCGGAGGCGCCACGUUCUGCUGCAGCUUCGGCUAUAGUGGCCACCCAAGCUUCCGGUACGCGGCCCGGCCCCGCCCUGAGACCGUCCAGAGCCACCGAUCGAGGAAGAUGCCGAGCCUCCCUUCCAAGAGCCAGUACGUUUAGCAGCGCGGGGGCCACUCCAAGGGCCCGGAGGCAUCAGAGGGUGCGUCCGCCUUGCCGCCCGAACUCCUGGCCCCGCUUCCCUGGGAGCUCCGGGUACAGCCAUCCUCUCCCUGCCACCUCUGUGCCCAACUUCCAGGGACACUGCUGCUCUCCCUGCCCCCUUUCAAUCAAUCAAUCAAUCAAUCAAUCAAAGAGCACUUACUACUUGCAGGGCACUGCCCCUCUCGCCACUCCCUUUCACCCGAACUCCAGGACGCUGCUGCUUUCUCUGUCCCCUCUCUCCCAGAGCUGGGAAGCGCUGCCUCUCUCACCACUUCCUUUCUCCCUGAGCUGUGGGGAAACUGCCCCUCUGCCUGCCUCCUCUCCCUCCCGAGCUCCAGGACUGUGCCCCUCUCUCCAUCCCUGUCCCCCUCUCUCCAUCCCUGUCCCCUCUUCCCUAAAACUUAGGUAUAAUGCCCCCCUGCCCCCCGUCCUCCCUUGCCUCCUCUCCCCCUGAACCCUGGGCCACCAUCCCCGCCCCGUCUCCUCUCACGAGUGGUGGGGGAAACCAACCGGCCGCUUAUCUGCUCCAACCUGGGGUCCGGGCGUCCAAGCCAGUCACUCCUUGGGUGCCAUUCAAGGGGCUGGUCAGCACGGGUGUGGGCUCUUCAGCCCCUGCAGCCAGUCACAGAGGGGAGAUGGGGUCUCUGGGAAUGACAGGCUUUGGUUCUGUCAUGAUGGGUGCCGAUUUGUACUUCCCAAGCUCUUAGUACAGUGCUCCGCACACAGUAAGCGCUCAAUAAAUAUGAUUGAAUGGAUGAAUGAAUGAUGGGCAGGGGAAAGGGGUAAAUUGUGAACUGCCUUCCUCUGGCUGAAAUGCCCUGGGCCCACAGAGAGUGUUGUCUUGCACAGGAGCAAUUCUAGACCCCGGCCUCCGAUCCUCAAACCGCCUUCCAUCCUGUGCAACAUGUAGAUGGGCUGGGGGAAGUUUGAGAGGCAGGCCCUUUGACCAGGGGAGACCCUGCAAUGUCCCGGCCAAAAUUCCUCAGAGGGAGGGAGCUACAGCCCCUGACUUCCCACCGGCUGAUGGGAUACUCCGUGGCCGCACCUGGGGUGAAGAAGGCCGCAGCUGCCCGGGCCACUGAAGACGUCCGGCUUCUGGGCAGAGCGGUUGGUUAUGUCUUGGCCGCCGGCUUUGUGGGAGCGGAGGGUCCGACAGCCGCCCCACCUCUGGAAGGGCAUUCAUUCAUUCAAUUGUAUUUAUUGAGCACUUACUGUGCUCAGAGCA